UGGAAUUCGAGUGGAAUAAGUUUCCGCAGUGUUUGGAUGUACAGUGCACGCUUCUUAUUACGGAGAAUGGUGCGGAGAUGCCUUGGGUGGUAAUGCGGGUUAUGUCCCCAAAAUGAGCGCAGAAUAUAAGAAGCCACCUCUAGCUCCAAAACCAAAUAUUCUCAGUCACCUGUCUUCUAAAUUGCCUUCGUCCCUCAUGUCAAGACCGCGUGCCUCUGCCAGGGGCCCCAAGCCUCCCGUGGCACCCAAACCCCAGGUGCUCCAUGCCCCAGGGGAGACCUGCAGCCUGGAUGAUCAGGACAGCCUCAGCGGCUGCAGCAAUGGAGAUCUGCAGUUCUCUGAGGAGGAACCGGAUCAGGGGAAUGAGUCAGAAGGGUCCCUGCCUGAAGGCGAUGGGGCUGACGAGCAGCAACCCACACUAGACCAGGAGGGUUGUGAUUCUGCAGAGAGUGGAGGGGAAGAGAGGGACACGGACAGUGAGGAGGAGGCAUCGGCCGAUCCUACCAAAAUGGAAGGAACGUAUUCUAUGGACACACCGGAAGUUAGCGACACUGAAUGCUCUGCUGACUCGGCAUAUGCAGCCGAGGUCACUGACGCAGAAUGCACAGGCGAUGAGGAGCCGGAGAUCCCCAACACAGUGUGUUCAGAGUGUGAUGCAGUGCCCGAGGACACCGGCGUGUUUUCUGAGUGUGAUGCAGCUUCAGGUGAUGAAGGAACCGAUCACCACCCACACAUUGAGGACGAUCCUGAAGACCUGAGCCUAGAGACAGAGAGUCCUACUGAGGAUUCAUCCGUAAACCCAGAGGAUCCUGUGCAGGAACUGCAGAGUCAGGAUUAUGGAGCCUCCAUUCCUGAGUCUGUCAUUGAGGACCCAGAGAGUGGAGGCUCAGUAGGGGACCACACUUCACCAGAUCGUUCUCCUUGUCAGGGGGCUGUGUUGGACUCUAGUGCUUCCUCAGUGGGAGUGAAUGGGAGCGGACCUCCUUCAAAGCAUGACGACUGUUCAUAUGAUGUCAGCAAUGCCCUUUGUGAUCUGGAGGAUCAGAACAUUCCUGUCUUUUCCAGUGACAUGGAUACAGGAAACACUAAAGGCUCAUUUGAAUAUUCUUGCCAUGCAUUAGAUGUAGCUGAUGACAAGGACAUUAGGGCUGAACAUAAAAAGUUGGAACAUUUUUCUGACUAUACUAAAUCCGAGCAGUGCUCUGUACUAGAGGAGCAGCCAGCUUCAAACUCUGAAAAUCUAGAGCCAUACUAUGUCUCUUCUGAGGACAUAGUUGAAAUUGAGGAGAGCCAAACAGAACUAGAGGAUGCUGAGAGUCCUCCAGAGGAAAUAGUCGUAAUACCACAGGCCAAAGACACUGCCAACCACUAUGCAGAUAUUGAUAAUGACUCUCUCUGCGAAGAGGCUGAGUGCUUACAACAACUUGAAUGUGUGUCAUCGGAGGACUAUGUUGAGAUUGGUGACAGUGAUGACCAGGCCAAAAAUGUGAGCAAGAAAAGAGUGGCAAAAACACGCAAAUGUACCAGCAAAUGUGCUGAAGCUGUCCUCAACCAGUCCAAUAAUCAGCCACGCUUUAGGCUGUGCUCCAUAACUGUUCCUGCAGACAUGGAUAUAUGCAGUACCCCAGAGCUAACAGACAGGCUGGUGUUCGCUGACACCGCAGAAGUGUUUGGGGAUGAUAUAGACUAUGAAGGCCAUAUAGUGCCUUAUUUGGAGGAAACAGACACAGAGAGGGACAAUGUCAGUGAUGAACAUGUCUAUGAGGAAGCAGGUCUUGAUUCAGAGGGUGAGAACUUCCUUGCCAUGGACAGAAAGAGUAUUGUGACGCGGUCACGGUCACUCUCGGGAAAGGUGCCUGGUUAUGUUCCAGAAACGGUCCCAGAGGAGCCGGGCAUUGAAUCCCAAACCCAUGACUACUACACCGUGGCCUUAGAUAAGAGUGGUCAUCCUCUGAGUGACAGCGAACAGCUAGAGAUAAAUCGAAUCACCCCAUCCACUGUAGCACGGCGCUUCUUUUUCUAUCCACGCUCCUACUCGGUUGAGGGGCAGGAAAUGCCAAUGUCUGUUUAUAGAGAGGAUGACUGUUUUCUCGGGGAGGACGGAAGAAUUAAGAGAGCAGAUGACAACCUCUCCUUACCUUGUGUCAUUGGAUCUUCUGGCAGCUUUUCCCAGAGAAGCCACCUUGCUUCCAGUGGUAUGUCCACCCCAACCUCAGUUGUAGAUAUUCCACCUCCUUUUGAACUUGCCUCUAUUACUAAGAAGCCCAUAACUAAAAGCUCUCCAUCUCUUUUAAUUGAGAGUGACACUUCUGACAAGCAGAAAAAGAAGAAGUCCUCGUUUAAGCGCUUUUUGACACUGAAGUUUAGGAGGAAGACGGAGAACAAGGUCCAUGUGGAUGUCAACGUCUCCUCGUCGCGGUCGUCAUCCGAGUCCAGCCACCAUGGGCCCCUGCGUGUGCUGGACAUGGACAGGAGGAGCAUAGGCAGCUCUCCACACCUAAAGGUUCGGUCUGGGAAACCGCAGCGCUUGUCAGACUCCCCGACUACUUUCCUGUUCUACAAAGACGGAAAGAGAAAAGGAGGGCCAAAGACUUUCAGCAACAGGUGUGUGUCCCGAGUGGAGUCAUUCGAAGACCGUUCUCGGCCCCCCUUCAUGCCCCUCCCACUGACCAAGCCCAGGUCAAUUUCCUUCCCCAAUGCAGACACCUCUGACUAUGAGAACAUUCCGGCCAUGAGCUCUGACUAUGAGAAUAUCCAGAUCCCACCCAGAAGACCCGCUCGAGCAGGGACUUUUGGAGAGUUCUUCGAUGACCCCAGUCGGGCUCUGUCUUCUGCCAAUGAGAAUGAUGGCUAUGUAGAUAUGAGCAGUUUUACUGGAUUUGAAAACAAACCUCAAACAACAGAAGAAGAAACAGAAAGUGCCUAUACGGAGGCCUACAAGGUGUGCCCUGUGGCUGUUGGACCGUCAGAGCCAGCAGGAGGUGAGGAUGACCAGGGACGCACCUCAGAGGAGGAAGAGGGAGGGAUGGAGCAUAAUUAUGACCGACAGAUUGAUGGUCGAUCCCGAGCAUUCUAUAUUGCCAAAGAACUGGUGGAUUCAGAGAAAGAACAUGUAAAGGGAUUGAAGCUGCUCCAGGAGGAUUUCAGGCAGACGGUGGGGGCUCCAGUGGGAGAGGAGGGGGAGCCAGCUCUGCAGGAGGACAGGCUGAAUGAGAUCCUGAGCAACCUGCCCGAGAUCUACCAGCUGCACUGCCACAUCCUCACAGAGCUGGAGCACCGCAUCGCACAGUGGGAGGAGAGCCAGCGGAUCGCUGAUGUCAUCCUGUCACGCCGGGCGGAGUUCUCCGUCUUCGCCCUGUACAUGGCCCAUUACGACCGGAGCGCAGCCCUGCUGGAGGACAGCUGUCACAACAGCCCCGCCUUCGCCUCCAUCGCCAGGCAGUUUGAGCUGCAGAGUCCGUCCGGGAGGAAGGUCCCCCUGAAACAGCAGCUGCUGCAGGUCAUCGUGCGUAUGCUGCUGUACCGUAUGCUGCUCACAGAUUACUUAAACAACCUCUCCCCAGACUCCAAGGAAUAUGAAGAUACGCAAGCUGCUCUGGGGGUGGUCUCUGAGGUGGCUGACCAGGCCAAUGACUGUCUGAGGGAUGGGGAGAACUUGCUGCGCCUGGUUCAUAUUGAGUACAGUGUCAGAGGCCAGAGAGACUUGCUCCAGCCAGGAAGGGUGUUCGUGAAGGAGGGCACCCUGAUGAAAGUCUCGCGGAAAAGCCGCCAACCACGGCACUUGUUCCUGAUGAACGACAUAAUGCUGUACACGUACCCACAGCAGGAUGGGAAGUACAGACUGAAGAAUGCCCUCACACUUGUUGGGAUGAAGGUCAGCAGGCCGCUGAUAGAGAACGUGCAGUACGCCCUGAGGAUCGAGGUGACGGACAUCUCCAUCACACUCUCGGCCAGCUCGUGUGGAGAGCGGGAGGACUGGUACCACACGCUGAGCCACACGGUGGAGGGCCACGCCAGGGGCCAGGGGCCCUGCCGCGCCUCCAGCUCCAGCUCCAGCACAGAGGCCCGGGAGAAGGUCUGGAUGUCCCUGGGGGAGACGGCUCCCACCCUGGUGCCCGUGUCCCAGGUGCUGAUGUGCAUGAACUGCGCCUCGGAUUUCUCCCUCACCCUGCGCCGGCACCACUGCGCAGCAUGCGGGAAGAUCGUGUGCCGCGGCUGUUCGAGGAACAAGUACCCCCUAAAGUACCUGAAGGACAGGACGGCCAAAGUGUGUGACCACUGCUACGCUGAGCUGAAGAGACGAGGGGGCAGCGUAGCAGGAGCCAGCGGCAACGACAGUCCUCGCCCCAACCGGUCCAGCCGACCCCUCUCCGCCGUCUUCCAGAACAUUCACCCGCCCAACCUGUGGAGGCACAGGAAGACCACCGUCCCACUGAACCAGGUGGCAGAGUCGCCGGAGAGCUCGAGCGGGAGCGGCGGUCUGCACCGCUGCAAGAGGAGCAAGAGGAACUGGAAGAAGCUGUGGUUCCUCCUCAAAGACAAGGUGCCCUAUGUCUCCUCCACUCCUGAGGACAAGGUGACAUCAGAGAGCUUGCCUCUCCUUGGCUUCACUGUAAAGCUGCCAGACAGACCAGAGGAAGAAGAAGUUACCAAUGUGUUCCAGCUGUACCAGAAGAAGGCCCUGUAUUACACCUACAGAGAAGAAAAUCACACUGCGCAGAGAUGGGUCAAUGCCAUAGAGGAGGCCACAGUCUUAUAGCAGCAGUCACCGGGAGAAGUGUCAGAACUACACUCUUCACCUGCCUGAGGACCCUCUGAGCUACUCUCUUCUGUUAUGGUCAUCCUUCAGAAUGCCUGAAUGUAAAUCAAAAAUGUAAAGAAUGAAAAGACUAACUUUUUCCAUAUUGGGGAUUAUGUGCGAUUGUACAGAAGACGUUUGACGCAUCUGGAAUUUCAAAAGACACCUGUUUCUACGCACUGAAGUAUUUCUUUUACCUGGGGUGCUACUUGGGUUUCCAUUUUUAAAUUGGUCCUCUGAUAGUUGCCCGAUGUCUAUGCCAGUAUGAAACUGAGACCAACAUGGUCUUCACUGGUCAGAAGCCACUGGCUGCUCAUCUCCACUGGGGGUGAACUGUACAGUGUUCCCAAACACAACCUCAAAUGCAACAGUUUUGUACAGUGUGUUCAACUAGUGUCAUGUUCCUUACUUCUGUAAUGCUGCUACUUUCAUACUGUCAUUCACAGCAGCCUGCCUGGGGUCGAGAGGUUUGGUUUGUUCUACUGUAAGAAAAUCUGGGGAUCACACCCAGUGUUUCAUUCUGUUCCCCUACCGUACUCUAACAUUUUCAUACGAGUGUUAAGGGAAACAUCCAAAACCUGUCAGUGGUGGAAUCACCUCGAAUAAUUUUAAAGGUCAGAAUGAUCAAUACAGAGGAGUGAGGAAAAAGCCUUCUCAUAGUUGAUAUAAACUGAGCCGUAUUCACCAGUUUGAACUAGAUCUGAAUCAAGUAAAAAACUGCUUAUACUUUAUCAUCCCUUGCUCAUUCUGGUCCCUUACACAUCAUACAGACAAAUCAGAUGGAUACGAUGCUAAAGCUCUAUGCACAAACCUCACUUUCAGACAAGUAACAGCCUAUGCUUCAUACACGUGUACAUUUACUUCCAUGAUUUCCAUUUCCUUAUACAGAGAAACUGCUUUUAUAUGGCUGUAUAUAGUAUGUCAUGGAAUCUUCCUGGAAAAAUAUACUGCUCAGCACCCACGUUCCAAAGUCCAAUGGUCUACUCCGCUCCACAAAUUUUCCAUACUAUCAGUCAGUCUGUAUUUGCCAAGAAGGUAUGCUUUUUAUAGCGGAUGUGUGCAGUUAAAUCAGAGAUUACCUUAAAAGCAAAACAAGUGGGACACAACCGUUAAUUGUGUUACUUGGUAGCAGAGAUGAAAGGCCAGCACCUGGCAUUUGGAGAGAAGGUUUAUGUUGGGGAGAAACAGAACUGUGGCCUCUUUUAUAAACAAGAACAUAAGUAUUUAUAAAGAGGAGGAUUUCUCACUGGGCUACAAGCCUAAACCAUGGGACACCAAAUUCGUUUUUUUCUUUGUCAUUUCUCACACUUGCAUUUUCAUGCCUUAAGAUUGCGCAUGAUGAAAAGGUUUCUAAAAGAGAUUCUAUAAACAAUAUAAAUGCCUGAAAGUAUUGCACAGUAAAGAAUAUUAUUGUUCAUCACUUGCAUCAUAGACUGUAUUUACUGUUCUAGUGCUACUGCUACAAAUAUUGAUCAUUGUGACAGUGUCCUGGGUUGUCAUUAUCAGCAAACCCACAUGGUGUGGUUAGCAUUGGCUUGAAUUAAUGCAUUGAAGUGCAGCUAAGAAUUAUUGAUUUCUUAGCCAAGCACAGGUGUGAGAUUAGUUUUGUGUGAAUUGCCGGUUUUUCAACUCACUGCAUAUUUGUACACUAGUUAUUUAGUAUUUUAAUUUGCACAGUGCUCCAUUUAUUUGGCAAGUCACACUAAAUAAGGAAUCAACAUUAUAAAAUCAAACGAAAGGAAAUGAAUCUGUUACCAUAAGAGCCCGCUAGUUUGUUCUGACUUAACUGGAGUCAUUCAGGAUGAGGGUCUCUUUGACCAGUGCCAGGUUCCACCCAUGUUCUGGUUCGGAAUGCAGCAGGUACGGUGGCUGAAGAGGGAUUGGCUGUGGCCUUUAUACAGCUCAUUGCAAUGCAUCAUCCCCUGCCUGUUGAGUAGAUGGAAGGUUUUGAGAUGGAGAACUUUCUGCCCGUUGAGUAAGCCCCUGGUUUCUCAAUCCAUUCAGCCCUGGUUACCUAUCUGCGGCCGCUGCUUGUGUUAUUUUUAUCUCGGGCCAUUUAUGGCUUUCCCCUAACGUUGUCACAUCACUUUCUCCCGGGCAGUAAUCCUGUAAACAGCCCCAAGCUUUGAGGCCAGAGCCUAGCCAGGACUCUACCCCGCUUUAUCCAGCUCUGAUUUCCCAUGUGUCGGACACCGCAUGUCCAUGAUUCAUCCUCUCCCCGGAGAGAACAGAGAACCUGUCUGAAUGUCAGCGUCUGGAGGAACGAAAAUCACUUUUAUGCCUCCUCCCAAAAAGGAUUAUAAGUGCCAGUACUCCAAUACUGCUUCUCAGCCCACCAGCAAUUCCACUCGGUCUCCGACCGCUUUUCUAAGCUCCAAGACAUGCCUUGUCUCUUUAAACUGCCUCUUCUCUGUGGACAUACUCUUUUUGUCACUCAUUCAAUGCAGUGUACACGCAAAAGUAUGUAGGUGACAUUCUGUAGGUUCCCUCGUCACUGUGCUUUGAGUCACUGGCGUGAUAUGAAUGCAAGGAAAUAUUAUUAUAGGUGAAAUUUGGACAACUGCAUUUUCUCUUUUGGCUACACUAGAGAGAAGUGUUGGAGGAUCUCGUUGCAUAUCAGUGGUAUUAUAAAUUAUAUGGAGAGACAAGGCACAGAUUUUGCAUCAAUUUCUCAUUAAUGAGCCAGAUACACCUGCUUUGCGAUAAUGAAUUGCACUGUGAAACCCACAUUACCUAUUUUGCCCGAAAUACCUUGGGAUUCAAAUCAAGCCAACUGAAAAUAAUUCCCCAUCUGUGCCUGCUAUUACAUUUAUUAGCUCCUCAUUUGAGGGUGGUGUGGUUCUGUUUUCCUGCUGAAGUCUAAAGGCUGGUUUAUACCCCAUCACUCGACUGAAAUCGCAGAAUGUUCAUGAAUGUUCUAACGUCACCUGACAUUGACUAUGGUCGUUGUUUAAUUAAAAAUAUAUUUAAUCUAUGAAGUUUGAACCGAAUGUCACUGCGACCAACGAUGUUGCUAGUUGCAGGGAGUAUAAACCAGCCCGAGUAUUAAGCAGCCUUCGGAGAUAUGAAUGGCUGCGGAAUCACAGUUCUGGCAGUCUGCCAGGAUGUAAUACAGCCAGGUAGAAAUGAAAACAGCAUCAGGGAGAGGGUGGGAGAGGGUGGCAGAGCACCUUUGAGUGGUACAGCCACCCAUCUGGCCAGUAUGAAGGUAAUUCACAGUCUGAGUGCAGUUUCACCUCUGGAUCAUUAGGAUGUAUAUUAACAGCAGGAAAUAUUGAAUAGAAAUUGUUCAUACCGGCAUGUCCUCAAACUGGCUUGUGAUUUUUAUUAUUAUUUUGAAGAGGAUUUAGCUUUUAUGCAGAGCUAUUCAGAAUAUAAACAAUUCUGGCAGAGUCAACAUUUGAGGAAUGUAUGGCAAACUUUACACUGUUUUUUUGCUGUUGACUGUUGAGAUACUAUGUAUUUUUCAGUACUCAAAAUCACAUUUACAAAAUAUGAGAUUUGGUAACAAGAAAGUUGUAUGAGGUGUUGUGAAAUAUCUUAGCUACUUGAAUGAUAAUAUACAUUUCCAGGAAGUACCUUCUUUGUAUUUAUUCACAUUCUGUCCUAGAAAUGCAAACAAUAAGGGCAAUAAUCAAAUGGAGGAUAUAACACCACUUUAUUUAUUAUUUUUAUUAUUUUUUUACAAUGGCAAGUAAUGUUAUUAUGUGUUUAAUGUUUUAAAGGGGUGAUGAUGGCUAAGGGUAGAUUACAUUUAUAUAGUAUUGUAUGUUCUUUAAGCAGAGUUUUAACAAGGAGAUUAUCUGAUAGAGUUCUAUUUUUGACAGCAUACAAAGUGCCAAAACAUAGACAGGUAUGUUCAGUUAUCAUUGCAGACUGGAUCAUUCUUCACAUGAAAAUCCUUUAAGGUUUUGUUCUGAAGCAUACUUCUUUUUUCUGCCAUUGCAACAUAUAUAUUGUAUAUUUCUUGUUAUGUACUGUACUUUUGAAAUAGCCUUGCAUAAUUCUAAAUGUAAAUAUAUAAAUACAAUAUUAAAGAUGAACAUUCUUUUGCUUUAUUUGCACUGGUAGAAGGAAUAAGAAUUGGAAUGUAAUUACUGCUGCUGAGAUGUUAUUUCCUGACCGCCAUUUUGAAUCAAUCUGUGCUAAACCAGCAGUCUUUCUUUCCAGUGGUGUAAGCCUUCUUGUUCAACACAGUGAGCUUGGAACAUUAUUUGUUUGUACAUAAUCCAUAUAGAAUGGAUACAUUAUUUAAAAUGUGUGGGCAAAAUGAAGUAAAAGAAUAAUAAAAAAUAAUAACAUCCUAACAUGUUCUAACAAUGUGUAAUUAUUUUCACUUGUGAGGUGGGGGACAUGCUAGAAUAUAAAACGUUAAUUAGUGUAGUAGUCCGUACAGAAUAGUGUCCGAUGUGCCACUUUGAUUUGAAGAAAAAAAAUGCUUUGUAUUGCUAUUGUUGCUGUCAUUAAUUCAUUCAUUUUGAUAAAAUAUAUUCUGUACAAUAA